AUGUGCUUCUCCGCGACGAGGCCACUCAGAGUGGCGGGCCUGACGGUCCCAAACCCUCGCUGUCGACCGGUAGCCACCCCCACCCAGACUCGCAUACGGCGGUGUGUGCAAAGCAGAAGCAACAAUGACAGAAAACAAAUUCCUCGAUCAGGCAAGCGUCAACGGUACCCCGGAUCCAGCCGAGAAACAGUAUGGUGGUAUGAAUGGUCUUUGUUCAGCUGGAAAUAUCCAAACUGGAAAUUGGACUUUUGGCUGGAUCGCUCGGGGUCCUUUGAUGUGAAUGGUCAAGGGAGCCACGGGAAUGCAGACUCCCCAAAACUCAUCCAAUCAUUGAAAAAACUCAUCGCAGCAGAUGCCUACAGGCGCAAGGAUAUCUUUCAUGGUCUUGGAAGAGGCGACACCUUGUGGAAUGGGUACCCGCAAUCGUUCUCAAAGGCGCCGCAAUCCACCAAAGCAAGGGCACCAGAGCCGACUCAACAAACAUCCACUUCCAAUCAUAUCGGACGACACUACGAUCCCAUCAGUGGACGCAUGCGACUCGGGCUACCAACGAGAUUCGAUGAUUCCGAUAGGAUAGUCUUUCACCCCUGGAAGGAAGCCGAUUCUUCACGAGCAAAUGGAAUGAAAGGAGCCGCCACAGACGUUGAUUCUACUGAAACCCAGCAACAAUCGGGGACCUUGGAAUCGCGGACAGAGACUCACCAGAAUGCUCAACCAAUACUCACCGAUCCACCAGGAAGCGAGAUUGGAGCAGUCUCAAAUCCCAACUCGCUUGCCCAAGGCCCGCGGAUCGAGACAGAAGAGCUCGUUGAGCCAGCCGGUAGAUCUCAACCCAAUAUUGAUUGCCCUCCAGGACAUGAAUCAAACUCUAUGCCCACAUUGGAGUCUACAAAGCCGGCCGAGAGCCCAACGAAUGUGUUUGAGCAUGGGUCAAAGAGUAGCACAGAGGCGAACCCAAUCGUGGAUUCAAUCACAGCGACUAUUGAAUGCCCACCAGGAAAUGAAAUCGAGGCCAAGCUCACCGCCGAUCCAGUCAGCUGCUCGGACGAAAGCCUCCCUUCUGAGCUAAAUGCCCAGCAGCCAGAUGAAAUUUCACCUAUGAACGUCAAUUGCCCACCUGGAAAUGAACUCGAGGCCAAAUCCACUGCAGAAAUUGCCCACCAAGAUACCCAAGCUAAUGAGCCCUUCCAGUCAAGCACUGAUCCAGUCUCUCGGGCAUGUCUACCGGAAAGCGUUGACUGUUCUCCCGGCAACGAGAUAGAAGCACACAUAUUAUCCAAGUCAACCGAGAUACACAAGGGCCAGUCGAAUGACAAAAGGCCAAUUGACUGUCCUCCUGGUAGCGAAAUUGAAGCAAAUUUCAGUGCAAAUCCACCACCAGCCUACGAUGGACAUUCUGCGCCGCCAGACCUAGCAAAUUUGGAUAUUUCCAAGAAUACGCAUGUCAAUGUUGACUGUCCACCGGGGAACGAACUCGAAGCAAAGCUCAUUACAGAUUUGACCAAAUCCACGCAGUCCAGCACAAAGACAGACAUUGACAGCCUUGGCCUUCAUGGCGCGAAAGUGCACCCCUGCCAACCGAGCCUUGGUUAUUCAGAGGACCGUGUUGGUGACUUUGUUGCCCAACAUCAAGCCAUAACGUCCGAAACAGUCCAGCCAUCAGCGCUUCAUCAGCCUUUCCCGGAAUUCUACAUCAUCGCACUCGAUCCAAUGACAUCACAAAUCAUAACCGUGACAGCGGACUCAUCCUUCGAAAUCAAAGAAGAUACAAUUCCCAGCGAGAUCAUCUCACGACUCUACAAUUCUGCCAAAUUUCUACCCCAUUCAGAAAAGAGGCACGCAGAGGUUUACAAAAUUGUCGCCGGCGGUGGAGACAUCCUUGUCCUCCAAAAGAAUCCAAGCGACCUUCCAUUCUCAGAAAUUGCAGAGCCAGAUUCUGAUGUUCAUGCAGAAACUGCACAGCAUCAACAUGAUUCAAAAGGCCCUGCUCUCUCAACCCCAAACGCUUCGGGAGAACCACCGGAGCCCCAUCCAGCAGCCAAAUCGAGUCUCGAGCCUGAAUCAUUGACGAAGUCCGGGCCUGCUUCCCGCGGCGUGAUUCGCAGAAUGAUCUUCGCAGGUGUUGCUACUGCAGCGACUUGUUAUGCCAUCGGAGAAGUUACGGAAUUCUUUCGGACAGGGGGAAAGGAUGGGCGUGGCGCUGAUGGGUUCACUGUUUUUGAAUCGGAUCGGCGUCACCGAGAGUAA